CAAAGACCUGUAUUGUUCGCUGUUGCGUGCCCAGUGUCUAUGAGCCCAGUACCUGACACAUAGGAAAUAGGUGCUGUGGAAUACAAGGGAAUCACCCUGGGGGAAUCACAGAGGAGGUGACAUUGAAGCUGGGUCUGGAAGGUGAUGAGUUGUCUGGUUGGGAACAAACAAGGAGAGGAAAUUCCAGGCAGAGGUAUCAGAAAUGCAUGAGGCAUUCCAAGAAUGGGAUCCUGGUGGCUAAUGUCAGAAGAAAGUGACUCUCUGAAAACCAGCCCUUCUGCGGCCUCACUUGCUGACAAUGAGCUGCCGCCAGCGCCCGAGCCUCCCGGCUAUGUGUGCUCACUGACGGGAGAACUGGUCGCCAAGGCCAGGGAAGAGCUGCAGGAGAAGCCGGAAUGGAGGCUUCGAGAUGUCCAGGCCCUUCGGGACAUGGUGCGGAAGGAGUGCCCACACCUGAGAACCUCCCUGGAUGAUGCCUUCCUGCUGCGCUUCCUCCGAGCCCGAAAGUUUGAUUACGACCGGGCCCUGCAGCUCCUCAUCAACUACCAUAGCUGCAGGAGAAGCUGGCCCGAAGUCUUCAAUAACCUGAAGCCGUCGGCCUUAAAAGAUGUCCUUGCCUCUGGAUUCCUCACCGUGCUGCCCCACACCGACCCCCGGGGCUGCCACAUCCUCUGCAUCCGCCCAGACAGGUGGAUACCCAGCAACUAUCCAAUUACCGAAAACAUCCGAGCCAUAUACUUAACAUUAGAAAAACUCAUCCAGGCUGAAGAAACUCAAGUGAAUGGAAUUGUAAUUCUUGCAGACUACAAAGGAGUGAGCUUAUCAAAAGCAUCUCACUUUGGCCCUUUUAUAGCCAAAAAGGUGAUUGGUAUCCUUCAGGAUGGUUUCCCCAUUCGGAUAAAAGCAGUCCAUGUCGUGAAUGAACCUCGAAUAUUUAAAGGCAUUUUUGCCAUCAUAAAACCAUUUCUGAAGGAGAAAAUAGCAAACAGAUUUUUUCUCCACGGGUCUGACCUGAACUCUCUCCACACAAACCUUCCAAGAAGCAUUCUCCCCAAGGAGUACGGGGGCACGGCUGGCGAGCUGGACACCACCGCCUGGAAUGCCGUACUGCUGGCCUCGGAGGAGGACUUUGUGAGGGAGUUCUGCCAACUUGUCCCCACCUGCGACAGCAUCCUGGGCCAGGCCCUGCUGCCCGAGGGGCUGACCUCAGACGCGCAGUGUGAUGACUCCAUGCGGGCCGUGAAGUCACAGCUGUACUCCUGCUAUUAGUCCCUUGCCACCAUCUUUAAAUCCUUUCCUUUUUCCUUUAGAGAGACACAAGGAGAAUUUUAGGUGCCAGGACUCGUUCCUGCUCCUUGUCAUUCAGCUGCAGCACGGAGGGCAAGCCGGUAGAGCUCUGCGGGUGAGCCAAGGGCACGCCCUUGGUUACCUGAAUGAUUCCCUGGAAGACUUGGAAAACAUUCCCAGUGAUUCCCAAGUGUUGGGAAUCCCAGUUUGUGACCAUUAAUCCACAAGCUGUAUCUGGUUCUUACACAUCUCAAAGCAAGAAAGAUCAGGACCAAAGUCACUUUGAUCCCACAUCCCAGGAGAAAACAACCUGAUUGGCCAGUCAGCACACUCCUAUGAAACACUUUGGUCAACCCUGCAAGGUGGCCACACGUGAGACCUUGGGAGUUUGUGUUUUUCACUUGAACCUUAACUCCAGACUUCUGUUGCUCAUCAGGAAUCUGCAAGUUUGAGGCCCAGGCCCCUGUCACCAUCAUGGGUUUGGACAGCACCUUAUCUGAGUCAGGCCCGUACUGGGACAUAAGCAGCACUUCCUGACCAAAUUCUGGGGCACCUGUGGGAGUCAUCGAUCGAAUCUUACAAUAGAAACUUGUUUUCCCAAAUCCAUAAAGCCUUAGCCCUGGUUCUCAAUAGAAUCGUGCAAGGUCCUAGAAGUAUGUAAUAAUUUUACUCAACCUACAAUACUGGAUGCCAGGCCUGUGUAGCUUAAAGAAUUCUGGCCUAAGAAGUAAGAGACCUGAGCUCUAGCCGCAGUUGUGUGGCCAUGGAAAAGACCUGGGCUUCUGUGAGCCUCAGUCUCCUCUGUAAAAUGAGGCUAAAUGAAAUGACACCUCGGGCCCUUUGGGCUGCCGGGGUUCUGGGGUUUGAUUUAGUUAUUGAAUGUUAGACAUCGCUUUUCUUCCUGGAAAGAUGAGCCUCUAGAUGCAAGUGGCUGGAUCCUGUUCUAUUGUGGUUCACCUUGGCCUUUCCAAGAGGGAUGUGUCAGUCACCAUUUGGCCCGGCCUGUAAAGAAACAAGUAUGUAUAUUCCUGGGACUCGGCGAUACCAACUUCCUUUUCAGAGUGAGGGUUAGCUCGGAGAGCUGGCUUUAGUGAGGGCAGGCGGGCGAGGCGACCGGAUCUUGUGUGAGUUCCUCCCAUCCCUGAGAUUCUGGUGGUUUAUUGUAAAGCUGGUAGCAGGGAAUGGUUGUUACUUGGGAUUUUGAAAUUUCGGUCCCUGCAAAUGAAUACAAGGGCAGGUUAUUGCUGAGUCACUUCUGGGGCCCCUGCCCUCCCAAACUCGCUUGCGUUUCUCUCUCUUGUGUGGGUGGACGCUUUAGUUUGUCCAGCCAGACUGAAUGUUAGUUCUGCAUUUCAACCCUUUAGACCCUUCCUGUCAAGAAUUUAGCCUUUGCCCAAGCAUCAGAUUAGGUGGUUCAUCUUGUGGCUUUUGACCUAUUUCCUUUCCUAUUCAUUCCGUAAAUGAUGAUGUUAAAAAGUGACAAGGACUAUGUGUUGUGUGUGUACCUUCUCUGUGCACUUAUCAGGCCGCCAGGCAAGGUGGACAGCUCAGUUAGGAGGAGAACAGUGCACUAAAAUUCAAAGGCCAGUCUGUUGCGAAUAAUCUAUUCAUCUUUAUAGCACUUUUGAAAAUGUCUGGAGAAGUUGAUGGUGGAAAUUACUUACCUCAUUAGUGCCAAUUCUAGGGAAAGUGCUUUUCACCAUGGAUACUCACCCUGGAUCCUCCAGGGACCUGGCUGAGCCGGAAGUGCCAAACGCACACCCAGAAGUGCCAAACGCACACCUGGCUGCCUCCAGUUUCGCCCAGCGGUGAUGGUGUGACCAGCACUGCUGAAAAGAUCUAAACGUGACAAGGGGGUGGCUAAUGUAGACAGAGCGUUUGGAACCCAUCUGCUGGGCGGGAAAAUUGGUUAGAAGCUUUCUUAGGUCCCAAAGAGAAGAGAGAGAUUAAAAAACAAAACAAUGAAAAAAGAAAAAUGCAUUGCUCAGCCCCACCAAGUUUCCAAGGUUUAAACUCUGCAUUGCAUUCUUACCUUUGUUUAUGGGACCUCACACGGGUGGCCAAGCUCACCUAGAGAAGUAGCUCAGAGACCAGGAGGGAUGUUGUUCAGGCCUCUGCAGGUGGAACAAGGAGCUGUUUCUUUCCGCCUCUGAAAGGAGUCAGAGCCAGGGUUUGCUGCCUGCCUCUGGAGCUGCUGCUGUCUGGGCUCCAAAGAGGGAGCCAACAGUUCCAGCAUCUCAGGAGUUUGAACCAAGCUGUGAAACCAGGACCUCCCUGGGUGAAAAUCAAGGCAGUGCCUGUUCUUCACUAGGCAUUUCCAUAGUUUCCUCUGCAGGGGACGGAAUGCCCAAGCAGCACCCAGGGAGCCUUACUCGCUGGUGGAGGCACACCGACAGCACAUGCGGAGUUUUCCUACAUUUAGGGAAAAGCUCCAGCCCCUUUCACAGGCACCCGAAAAUGCCCUUUUUCCAAAAUUCAGGGUGGUGCAGUGUAGGGAAGGGAAAGGAGGAAACCAGGGGAGCCGAGUUCCAGCUGUACCUUGCUUUGUGGCCUUGGGUAAGCCACUGAACACCCCUGAAUCGUGCCCUAAAAGGGAUCACACCCUGACCCCGAGACCUCUGUUCCUGGCAUCAAGCAUCAGUCUUCCUGCCUCAGGGACACUGUACUACUCUAUCUUAUUGGAGGCUCACCCCAUCCCCCAUCCGGGUUAUUCAGGAAAUUUAGUUCUGAAUGAACUGGCUCCUAAAGCUUCCAAGCGGGUCUUAAGUUUAGAUAUUAUGGGGGUUUCCUCCUUCCCCCGCAUACUGCUACACAGCAGUGUGCCUCUUCCUGGAACCCUCUUCUGCCUUCAUGGGGAGAGGCCGAAAUCUACAGAAACAGCCAGAAGUGUGCAUCCCCGGCUUCCUCUCACUAGCUCUUGGCAAAGGUGGCAUCAACUCCCUCAUACUUCAUCCUGCUUCCACAGGGAGCAACCUGUCACUAAGUUUACACACUUCAGCUUAUAAGAUACAUCGUUUGCCAAAAAGCAGCAGGGCAAUAGGAGGUAUUUCCCUGAGUUCCUGUGAGACGUGGAGCCUUUCAGAAUUCUCCCUGGUGGCAGUUUCUUGAAAUGCCAUCUGAUUCUCAGACCAGUGAUGGGAUUACUUUUCCGUUUGGGUGGGCAAAGCCUGUAGUGCUGCAGCAUUCUUGUAAUACCUCAUUUUCAAGCUUUCCGCUUUUCAAGUUUUCCUUUGAAACCUCUUUUAGUUAGGAAGUAAAAUGUUAGGUAAUGUGUAAGUGUGGCUGUCCCGUGGCGUGAGAGGGGUGGAGAUGCCAAGCAAACAUUUCGACUGCUCGGGAAUGAUGUCAGUUCUCACACCUGUCAGUUUGGGGAUCUGUGAAUUUUUGUAAACCUAUAGUCAGUUUGUUACUGCUCUCCUGACUCUGAAAUGGUUUGCUUGAAGUGCAAGGAGCAGGCAUCAUCAGUCAGAUAUUCCUCCUCAGUGGAAUUUGCCCCCUGGGGAAGCCCAGGAUGAUUUGUGGAUGAAGAUGCUAGUGUCGAAUUGACUGUUUGCCAAUUUGCUGCUUUUCCUUCCAUCUCACUGGGCGCUGUGUUCAGUUGGGCAGUCAGCCAGCUGCCCUUGGGGAUCCUGGUGGAUAUGCCUCACCUCUUGCAUCUCAGGUGGGACCUGUUACAAGUGGAAUAUUAGGAACUUCUCUGGGGCCAACAGCCUCUGACACCACUCUGACAGGUGGGAGGUGGGCGAACUUUCUGACCAGAUUGGGGCAUCAUUUCAGCCACUGGUUACAUUUCUCACUUCAAACUGAAAUUCAGUUUGACUUUGAGUAUAGGGGCACACGGUGGUGGAUUCAUCUAUUUCAGUGUAUGUUUUGACCAAAAGUUUAUUUUUCUAGUGCAUUUUCUAAGUCAGAGUGGUGAGAACAUAAUUUUAGUAUGCAUGACUGGGUCUCAACAAUAAAAAUCUCUGUAAGGCUGUGUGUGUAGUCCCU